UAUCUGACUACUUUAAUUUUCUCGAUUGAACACUCUCCUCCCUUUUUUCUCGAUCUUACCUCUGCAACCAAACUCAAUGAUAUUUUCUCAAAUCCAAUUCAUAUGCCAUGUUUCUGCUCUGAUUUUAGUUUUUGAGGAACCUGGAACCUGAACGGGUGCGAAUAUCGCCCCUCUCCCGACUUUUCCCCCCCUGAUCUAUGUUCAUUUGAUUGCACACAAUUCUCGUUAUUUUGAUUCACUUGUUUAAGAUGAAAUUUGAUGCAUUGACCAGAAGUCAUGCAGAGCAUCCGACACUAGUUGGCAAUGUUAAGUUUUGGUGAUGGAACGAAGGCUAUAAGUAAAAGCUAAGUGUAACAAGCAAGGCAAGUGAUUGUUCUGUAAUCCAUGGGGACUCAAAAUCCUGGACGUUCGAGUUUUCCUGCUAGGCCUGCCACAGCACCUUUUGCUCCUCCACAGACUAUGACGCCGUUUUCAUCAACUGGUCCUGUGGUUGGAUCUGAGCCUCCUUUUCCCCGGCCUACUCCUCCUGCUGCUCCCCAACCUUCAGUGCCAUUAUCAUCAUCCAGACCUACAGCCACACCAGGGGCAUCCAAUUUUAGACCUAUCCCUCCAGGCAGGUUUAAUGAUCCAUCUGUGCCUUCGCCUCCAGCGUACAAUGUCCCACCCGCUGGUGGACCUUUCCAGCGUUUUCCAACUCCACAGUUUACCUCAACAGCCCCAGCUCCUCCACCUGUUCCACCCAUAGGACAACCAUCAGUCCCGCCUUCUGUGAAUCAACCACCAACAUUUCCGGCAUCCCUUCAACCCCAGAUACCAAUUGUUCCAAUGGGUUCUCCCCCACAAAGUGCUACUCCUGCACCUUUGAUGUCUAACGUUCCUCCUUUGUCGGAUUCAUCACUUCCAGGGUCUAGGCCUAAUUUUCAGCCAUCUUUUCCUGGAUAUGUCCGCAAGCAGACUGGUACUGAAAUGCAAGGUCCACCCAUGGCGGUGCAUCCAUCUUUUCCCACUAAUCAAGGUAAUUAUGCGCCUGCUCCACCCAGCCUCUCUCAUCAAGGGAGCUAUGUUCCUCCGCCUCCAGUGGCUGCUCCAUUAGGCAUGCAGCAGAUGCAGCAGCCGGGAUAUGGACCCUCUGUUGGCGCCAUUCAGGGACUGGCAGAAGACUUCAGUUCACUCGCUAUUCGAACUCGUCCUGGAUCAAUGGAUCAAGUAGUGGAUGCUAAAGUACUGCCAAGGCCGCUGGAUGGUGAUGUGGAGCCAACAUCUCUGGCUGACGUUUUCCCCAUGAACUGCAGCCCCAGAUAUCUACGGCUGACAACCAGUGCAAUUCCCAGCUCCCAGUCCUUAGCUUCAAGAUGGCAUUUGCCUCUCGGAGCAGUUGUUUGUCCACUUGCAGAAGCUCCUGAUGGGGAAGAGGUGCCUAUAAUCAAUUUUGCCCCAACUAGCGUCAUACGCUGUAGGAGAUGUCGCACUUAUGUGAAUCCAUAUGUUACAUUCACAGAUGCUGGGAGAAAAUUUCGGUGCAAUGUUUGCACUUUGUUAAACGAUGUGCCUAGUGAAUAUUUUGCUCAAUUAGAUGCCACUGGUAGAAGAGUUGAUUUGGAUCAAAGACCUGAGCUUACAAAGGGUACUGUGGAAUUUGUUGCACCUGCUGAAUAUAUGGUGCGACCUCCUAUGCCCCCAGUGUAUUUCUUCCUCAUUGAUGUUUCCAUAUCUGCGGUUAGAAGUGGAAUGAUUGAGGUUGUGGCCCAAACAAUCAAGUCAUGUCUAGAUGAGUUGCCUGGCUCUCCACGAACCCAAAUAGGUUUUGCGACAUUUGACAGCACAAUUCAUUUUUAUAAUAUGAAGUCGUCCUUGACUCAGCCACAGAUGUUGGUAGUCUCAGAUUUGGACGACAUAUUUGUUCCACUUCCAGAUGAUCUCCUUGUUAAUUUAUCUGAAUCGAGAAGUGUGGUGGAGACCUUCCUUGACAGUUUGCCAUCCAUGUUCCAGAACAAUGUAAAUGUUGAAUCAGCCUUUGGUCCGGCUCUUAAGGCUGCGUUCAUGGUUAUGAGCCAACUUGGAGGGAAAUUGUUAAUUUUCCAAAAUACACUGCCAUCUCUUGGCAUUGGACGCUUAAAAUUGCGUGGGGAUGAUGCUCGUGCUUAUGGGACUGAUAAAGAACACAUGUUAAGGUUGCCAGAAGAUCCAUUUUACAAGCAAAUGGCUGCAGAAUUUUCUAAAUACCAGAUCUGUGCUAAUGUGUAUGCAUUUAGUGACAAGUAUACUGACAUUGCAUCCUUAGGAACUUUGGCAAAGUAUACCGCUGGUCAAGUAUAUUACUAUCCGGCUUUCCAAUCAACUAUUCAUGGGGAGAAAUUGAGGCAUGAGUUAAGGAGAGACCUGACCAGAGAAACUGCCUGGGAAGCUGUACUGCGCAUUAGGUGUGGAAAAGGUGUUCGCUUCACAACUUUUCAUGGGAACUUCAUGCUAAGAUCUACCGAUUUGCUAGCACUUCCAGCUGUAGAUUGUGAUAAAGCUUUUGCCAUGCAGUUAUCUCUUGAAGAGACAUUGUUGACAACUCAGACUAUGUAUUUCCAAGUUGCAUUGCUAUAUACUGCAUCUUGUGGGGAAAGACGAAUCAGAAUACACACUGCUGCAGCUCCAGUAGUUACAGAAUUGGGAGAGAUGUAUCGCCUGGCUGAUACUGGUGCCAUAGUUUCUCUACUUAGUAGGCUAGUAAUUGAGAAAACACUGUCUAGUAAGCUUGAAGAUGCAAGGAGUGCUGUACAGCUAAGAAUUGUCAAGGCCCUCAGAGAAUAUCGAAAUCUAUAUGCUGUGCAACAUCGCUUGGCUAACAGGAUGAUAUAUCCUGAGUCUCUGAAAUUUCUACCCUUGUAUGGCUUAGCACUUUGUAAAUCAACACCUCUCCGUGGAGGGCAUACUGAUGCUCCAUUGGAUGAACGGUGUGCGGUAGGAUACACAAUGAUGGCUCUACCGAUAAAGAGGCUGUUGAAACUUCUAUAUCCAAGCUUGACUCGACUUGAUGAAUAUCUAUUGAAGUCUGAUGAAUUAAAAAACAUUGAGAAAAGGUUACCAUUGACUGGUGAGAGCUUGGAUUCUAGAGGCCUGUAUGUGUAUGAUGAUGGCUUCCGGUUCAUUAUAUGGUUUGGUAAAGUGCUUUUACCUGAUAUAGCUAUGAAUUUGCUUGGGGCAGACUUCGCUGCAGAAUUGUCAAAGGUUUCUCUUAAGGAACAUGGUAAUGAGAUGUCAAGGAAGCUAAUCAGGAUACUUGAGAAACUGAGAAAUACAGAUAAUUCUUAUUAUCAGUUGUGCUAUCUUGUAAGGCAAGGUGAACAGCCCAGAGAAGGAUUCCUUAUCCUUGCAAAUCUUGUUGAGGACCAGAUGGGUGGUAACAGUGGGUAUGCUGAUUGGAUGCUUCAGCUAUCCCAGCAGGUGCAGCAAUAAUAAUUUGCAGAGCAGGGUCUUUUCGUCAGGGUGCUGUCUGUCUUAUCAGUGAAGUCGCAGCCAUUUUUUUCCUUCCGUAGGGACACGGUUGAAUCUGGCAUUGAGAUCACAUCGAUUUAGUGUGGAGAGAAGCGUCUCAGAGAACCUUUUUUUUUGUGUGACAAUCACUAUUUAUUCAGAUAUAUAGAAUUUAGACAUCUUUCUUGCGCAGUUUUGGCUUCUAUUCACAUUUGUUUUCUUCUUUUUUGGUUGUUAUGAUUAUACUUUUAGAUUUUUUUUCCCCUUACCAACAUGCACAUACUGUUAGAUGCAGUUUGUAAUUCCCGAGCUUUUGUAUAAUUUCAGUACGAUUGGCUUUACGUGGCCGAAGGUUUGGAAGGUCUAAUUAGUUAUGGAUCAAGUUGAUUGAUUAAAUACUGAU